AUGCAGUGCUUCGAAUGGAUCGAGUACUUUGCUGGGUCAUCUCGGUGCACUUCAAAGGUGCGAUUGAAAGGGUACACGGGUGCCCGCUUCGACAAAGCCUAUCACACUCCCUCCUCGGACCGCCCUCACUCAUCCAAUUUUAUGGAUAUCAACACUUGCUCCGGCUUUGUGCUAGCCAUAGUGACUUUGCUGAAAUGCAAACCGCACUCUUUCGCGAUAUGGCUGGGCAUCAAAUGCUCCUCCUGGACAAGCAUCAACCGAGGGACCUCCAUGCGAUCUGCUUGCGACCCAUGGGGAGAUAGAGGGAAGCCUUCAGUCCGAGAGGCCAAUAGGAUGUUGGAAAGGAGCUCGUGCCUGCUACUCUUAGCUGUCGCCUUGGGUGGCUGUGUCGUUCUGGAGCAGCCGGGCGGAUCACUGCUGGAGUUUUAUCCUAGUUUCCGCUUUGUUUUGGCGCUUGCUGGAGGUUGCGAGGUUGUUCACGCAAUGCUUGUUCAUGUAGGCGCGCGCGGCUUACAGGUCCUCGGUACACCACACACCGUUGCAUUGUCACAGGCUGGUGGUAUCGGAUCUGUGUUUGGAUCCACGGAUGCCAUGACAGAAGACGAGCUUUCCCAGAUGGGUAGACAAGCGAAGGACUCUGAGCAGGAGCCGGAUGGCGAAAACAAGCAGCUUGCUGCAGACGAACCCAGCGAGACGGACGAAGUUGAGCUGCUGCAUGAAGCGGCUAAGGCCAGGAUCUCAAGGAUGACCAAAACAAAGAAGAAGAGGACGGAUCUGAAUGUGCCGCAAUUUGUCAUCGACAGAUGGAACUCCGGCACAAGUGCCAAAGAAGAGAUGGCUGACUUGCUGUUGCAAGUCAACAACGACAAGGAUAAAUUCAUCACCGAGCUUGAGCUCAUCGUUCGCCGCAUCAAGAAGUUCGUUCUUCAUAUCAACGAAGGGUGGUACAGUGAAGCUGAGAUGAAAUCCGAGUUGAAGUGGUCCCAGUCGGGGGCUUAUGUGGGGCGGUUCGUUCUGGGAGUGUUUUUGCAAUAG